UAUUAUCGUUGUAUGUUUAUAACCCAAUAUUUCCAGGUACGCAUUCGUAGUGCUGCUGUUCAUAGCUGUAGCUUCAACAUACUAUGUUAGCGAGUAUCCAGUCACCGCUAGUUCUAACUCAUUUGUUAAUCACGUUGCAAAAUCGUUCUGCCUUCGCCGCAACUGGAAUACAGUGUUAAAAUCAGACAAGGAUGAACUACCAUGCUUGCACGGCAUCCGCUUCCUGACGGCCAUCAUAGUCGCCUUCGUCCACUGUUUAGCAAUUGCACACGGGACUUCGGUUAGCAAUGGCAUAGAUUUUGACAGGAUGGCAACGGAUAAACCAGCAAUGGCGCUUGUGACGACUCAUUUUGAUUUAUUAGUGGACACAUUCUUCUCAUUUUCUGGACUUCUAAUGGGAAAAAGUCUCGCCACGUUGGAUAUAACCAAACCAUACAGUUUAUUGAAGAAUAUUAUAAAACGAUAUAUAAGACUGGUCGUGCUUUUAGCCGUGACCAUGUUCUACCUGGCCCAUAUCUCAAAACAUAUUGAUGACGGCCCUGUCUACCCCAAGAUAGCUUUCUACGAGCAACAGAUGUGCGAGAAGAACUGGUUGCCGGCAUUACUAAUGGUUGGGAAUUAUUACAACACAUUAGAAAUGUGCCACCCAGCCACUUGGUACAUCCCCUGCGACUUCCAUAUGCACGUAAUAACGCUGGUCCUUCUGUACGUGUACCGCAAAAACUCACGUAUCGGCACAGCAGCUGCCACCAUAGUGUUGGUGAUCAGUUUCAUAAUGCCCAUGAUCAUCAUAUACGUCUAUGAUUUACCAGCAAUUCUAGCCUACGAUCUUGGGGUGGAAAUAAACAUUAGACCUAACUCCACCUUUAGGAAAUUCUACAUAAAAACACACAACAGGAUGGGCCCUUACGCGAUUGGUUUGGCUGCCGGCUACCUCAUGUCUAUCUACAAGCCCAAGGAUUACAGAAAAUUCUUGUCUAAAACGGUGUCAUUCCUAGGUACUUAUGUCUCCUUGAAUCUAAUACUCGUCCUACUGGCGUUGGGUCAUCUAUGCUUAGUGUACAGAAUCCACGGAUGGCUGGCAUGCAUCUUCGCGGCUUUCGACAGAAAUCUCUUUGCCGUAGCUGUUUUAGGUGUCGUUAUCUUUUGCACUUACGGCCAAGUUCCCCUCAUCAACCCGUUCCUCAGCUGGUCUGUGUUCGCGCCACUCAGUAAGCUAUCGUACGGAAUAUAUGUCAUACACAUAACGCUCCUAUAUCAAACCUCUUCCAUGAGAGAUAAUAUGAAACAUCAUCUGUUUGAAACUCUAAUAAAUACUCUUGGGGUGGUGGUAGUGUCGCUGCUGCUGAGUCUGAUGGUUUGGCUACUCGCUGAGGCACCUCUCGUCAACAUCACGAGCCCAUACCUCAACACCAAAGGCCCUGCCAAGGAGAAAGUUGAAAUAUCGAGGAACAGUUUUCAUCAAAAUGACACAAGUAAAUCAAAAAGCAUGUGAUUGGUUCUGCUUCCUUGCUCUGUUCUCUUGUAUUAGAGGCAUUUCCUGCAUUUCCACCAUACGAUUGCCGUCAUACAUUAGCGAAUAAAUUUUUACCUUUGUUAAUUUAAGCACCUUUCAAUUUGUGAAAAAGUUGUGAUUUCCUCGACGGCGAAUGCGAUGGAGAAUUGUAAGGGAAAAAUUCAAGGAGCUGGUGGCUUAGCAACAUCAAGUUUCUUGGAGCGUUGGAGCCACGAGGCUCAGAAGUCAAACUGCGGUCCGAUAAUUACUUAUGCAUACGACGCUGGUCUAGAGACCCAGAACUGUAACAUUACGUCUUCAUUACAUAGACAUUAAUUUUAUUUUAUUUAUUAAACACUUUCAUUUCGG